AUUCACACGUCCAUUUUUACUGCAGUCAUCAAGGAGGAAGGUUCUGUGUAGAAAACUGUUGUCGUCAAAUUUAACUUCAAUUUUAAAAUGUAUAUGGGAUUAGAAGCAAAGGAAUACAUCUGGGGCUGCGAACUAACUGGCGAAAAGAAAGAAGUGAAAUGGGAUUUUGAGGAAGAAGACGACGACACAGAAUUUCUUCAACACACCCUCUUCCUGAAGCAUGCUGCACUCGCCAGUGGGGCAAAGAAGGACGAACGCAACUUGGUUGUGGUUUCAACAAAAAACUUCGAUGGAGAAGUCAUCAACCAAACGUUGGUCUCUCUUUCGGUUGGUGUACACGAAAUGUGCACACUGGACAUUAGUUUCGGUCAGGAAACAAUCGUCACCUUCAAGUUAGUAGAGGGAAGUGGACCCGUUCACCUCACUGGUCAACACAUGGUCGAGUUCCCGGAGGAGUAUAGCGAUGAGGAAUCUCAGUAUGAAACAGAGGAUCUCACGGAAGAUGAGGUAGAACAAUUAAAGAAAGAUGCCAAAAACAAAAAGAGGAAAGCUAAUACCCCUAGAACGUCAGGCAAAAAGAAGCGAGGCAAGGUAGAUAACGAAGAGGGUAGUGAGGAAGGAACCGAAGAGGAUGAGGAAGAUGAAGAUGCCACGGAAGAAAGCAUGGAGGAAGAGGGAACUGAGUCUGAACAAGAUGAAGACGAGGAAGAGGAAGACGAAGAGGAUGAAGAAUCUCCUGAGAAACCUAAGAAGAAACCUGGGAAGAAAGCCGCGAAAAAGACUAAUUCAGACACACCAACUAGGACGACCAAACUAAAGCAGCUCAAGUCACCAAGAAGUGCAACCAAGACUGGCUCUUCCAAGAAGGUUGCUGGCAAAAAGGUACAACACCACCAGUACCGGAUACCUCGCUCUAUUGUCCUCAGCAUGCCACCCGACCAGCCAACCAGACAACUACUAAAACAUCCGACUUUCAAACCAGCGCAACGCAAUCUGGCACAACCCAAUGAUAAACCAGGACUUUGA